AUGAGAAAUGGCUCCAGAAGAAGUGUAGGACCACGACUCAAUAUUAACAUUCAUGCGGGAGAGAAUGUUUACGUUAUUUAUGUUUCUAUGCCUAUAAAAUACGAUGAAUUGAUAACACAAAUACGAAGAACGGUUGGCUACAAGGAUAAAGAUGAAAUCUUACUCAAAAUAAUGGAUAUUGAAGGUAGGUUUUGGUUUUUUAUAUUGUUCUUCUUGGUUUAGGUGAAGCGAAUUGAUGAAUUUCGAGAUAAACUGAUGGAUUCUGGAGUGAACUUACAGGUUUUGCAUAUGAUUUAUAGCUUUUAGUUGUAAUUAACUGGUUUUAACUGGAAGCUUAUAAAUUUUGAAUUAAACGUUGUCCUUUGAACUAAUCCUUCUGGUUUUAGGCGAUGUGAUAACAGUAGAAGAUCAAGCAGACUUAAAUGAAGUUUUAUUGUUUAUUAGCCCAUAUGAAGAUGUGAUAAUGUAUGUGAUACAAGUGGGCUGUCAUUCGGACACGAGCAGUGGUGAUAGCGGUAAAUUGAGGUUGAUGGGUAGUAUAAUAUAAAUUGUUUAAGUCGUUGUGAGUGGAUACAGAAACAUUAGUCUGAUCAAGUGGUUUUAUAAGAUAGAGCAGUUUUUUCUGCACCUGCUUUGGUGUAUAACUUAUUUUGCUCAACGACAUUAACUUGAGAAUGUAACAUAUUGUCAUUGACAUCACUAACUCAACCUUCUUUCAGUACCAGUUCAUCGACGGAAUGCCCAACGACAAAACAAGAUCUACAGCAUUUGUGGCCAUAGAUUUGAGGUGAACAGGCCUGCUAAGCGAACACGAUGCGAGAUUUGUGAUGAUGUAAUAUGGGGAUUAGGACGCGGGGGUCUGCAAUGCACAGAGUGCAACAUGAAGGUCCAUAAAAAGUGUCACAAGUAUUUAUGCAAGGAGUGUGAUGGUGUAAAUAAGAGCGUAUUGAAGACAAAUUACGGAUCGAACAUGAGUUUUGGAAAUUUGACGCUAAGUGUGAGUUUAAUUUAUAUUGUUGUAGGCAAAAACUUGGGAUUUAUUGGAAAUUUUUGAAUUUUUAAAGGUUUUAUUUAUUGGUAUUGUUUAAUAUUGUUAUAAUGAUGUAUAUUUUAGUCAGUAUCAGAAGAAGAAGAACUAAAGCGAAACCCAAUGGACGAUUAUGAUCUGUUGAAGGUAUUGGGCCGAGGUUCAUAUGCCAAAGUGAUACAAGCUCAACACAGAAAGACGAAGCAGAUCGUGGCCAUGAAGACGAUUAACAAGACAAUGUUUCUGGAAGACGGCGAGGAUUUGGACUGGGUUCAAACUGAGAAAUCUGUAUUUGAAACGGCGUCGAAUCAUCCGUUCUUGGUUGGAUUGCAUUCGUGCUUUCAGGUAAGAUUUAUGUUGUUUUUGGUUAUUUUUAUGGGAUGUUUUGGAUGAAAAAGAAUGGAAGGUGUAGUAUUUUGUAUUUUUAAAUGGAAAAAUUUGGAAAAACUAUUGGUUAUUGUUAUUAGAUGUAGAAAAAUGGCAGAAAAUCUUGAUUUCUUAGCUUAUAUGAUUGUUUUUACCCGAUAAUGUGAUUUUUUACUCGAUUUUUUACAGUAUCUGAAACAAAAAUUGAAGCAAGUUUAAUUUCAGACCGAUAGCCAUCUUGUCUUUGUUAUUGAAUUCGUUGCCGGAGGCGAUUUGAUGUACCACAUGCUACAACAACGGCGCUUAUCAGAAGGAGAUGCCAGAUUUUACUCGGCCGAAAUUAUUUUGGCUUUGCACUUUUUACACUCGAGGAACAUCAUCUACCGUGAUUUGAAGCUGGAUAACGUGCUAUUGGAUCAGUACGGACAUGUUAAACUGACUGAUUUUGGAAUGUGCAAGGUAAGGUAAAAGUGACUGUCUAUUAGCUUUAAAUUAUGAUUUUUUAAAAAUUUUAUUGCUUUGUUUAGGCUUUUUCUUGCUAGUUUUUGAAAGGAAUGUUGUAACUUGUCUUUAGAACUAGCUACAAUAAUAUAACUUCAAUUUUUUAGGAAAAAGUUGGUUCAAACGACGUAACAAGCACGUUUUGUGGUACCCCCAACUACAUUGCUCCAGAAAUCUUGAAAUACGAACCCUACAACUUUAGCAUUGACUUUUGGGCCCUAGGCGUGUUGAUGUACGAAAUGAUGUCUGGCCGAUCACCCUUCCAACUACCGGGCACUGGAGACGAAGAAAAUGAUGAAGAAAUAGUUUUCCAGACGAUUCUGAAAAGACAAAUCAGAAUCCCGCGACAUUUGUCCGUUGGAGCGUCUAAUGUGCUGAAAGGAUUCUUGAACAAAGACCCUACAUUAAGGUUGGGAUGCAAGAGAGACAUUGAGGAGGGAAUGAACGAUAUUAAGAUGAAAAGCUUCUUCAGGGACAACAUUGAUUGGAACGCGGUGAGUUUUUGCGGGUUUCGAUUGUAAAUGAUGGCAUUUUUAAAUUUGAUGCAAAAAGAAUGGCAUUUUGAAUAACUUUUGUCAUUUCAGCUCGAACGCCGUCAAGUCCAACCUCCAUAUAACCCGAACGUUGCGGAUGAUCUCGAUCUACACUGUUUCGACCCCGAAUUCACAGAAGAAUCUCCACGACUAACUCCAUAUGGUUCGUCUGUAAUUGCUCGCAUCGACCAGUCGGAAUUCGAAGGCUUUGAUUAUGUGAAUCCAUUACAAUUGAAGAGAGAGGACUUUGUGUAG